UAUAUGCUCCAAACCAACCAAGCUGAACCAAACCUUCUCUCUGUUAUAUUCGUAAAUACAUAUAUUAAAGCAAAUUUUGUGAAAAAAAGAGAAAAAGUUGUUAUUUUAGAUAAGGAAAAAUAUACAUUAUGUCAGAAAUAUUCGAAGAAGGUCAAUUUAGUGACGCUGAAGAAAGUAAAUAUGUGAUAAAUACAUUACAAAGAAAAGUUUUACAAUCAACUGAGCAAGUAAGGAAAAAAAUAGAAAAUAUGCAUAUUACAAAAGAGGAUAUUGAUAGUGAAAACAGCGACGAUUAUUAUUAUAAUGGUGAUGAUUUGAAUGAAGACAAUAUAUUACAAAAUAUUAUAAAGAAAACAUUGCAGAGGCCCAACAUCCAAAAUAUAUCGACUAAAGUAACAAAUUAUCAACCAAAGCAUAAAUUGUUAACUCGAUAUGAAAGUAAGAUUAAUUUAGAAAAAUAUGGAGGUCCAUCGUUACCAGGCCAUGUAACAAAUUUACUGAUUGAAAAUGACAGACGUGUUGAUAGGGAUCGCAUAAGGAUGAAAGACAAAAGUGAUCAUGCAACAGCUGAAAAUGUGUUAGAUUCCCGUAUUAAAAAGAAAUUGCAUAAGCUGUUUGAGAGAGGAAUAUUAGCAGAAAUAAAUGGUUGUAUCUCUACUGGAAAAGAAGCCAAUGUGUAUUAUGCAAAAUCCAAAAGAAAUGAUGAGAUCGCUAUCAAAAUAUAUAGAACUUCUAUUUUGCAGUUCAAAAAUCGAGAAAAGUAUAUCAAAGGGGAGUACCGUUUUGAACAUGUAUAUUCAUUGCGCAAUCCAAGAAAAAUGGUAAAAAUCUGGGCAGAAAAGGAAUUUUCAAAUUUAAAACGUUUGAAACAAGGUGGUAUCAGGGCACCGCAACCAAUUUUAUGUGGAGGACACCUAUUACUGAUGGAAUUUUUGGGUUCAAAUGGUUGGCCAGCACCUAAACUUAAAGAUGCAGUACUUACAGAUUCGAAAUCAAGAAUAUUAUAUAGGGAAUGUAUUGAAAUAAUGUGGAAAAUGUAUAAUAAAUGUAGACUUGUUCACGCUGAUUUGAGUGAAUAUAACAUGUUAUAUCACAAUGGGUCAAUUGUAGUCAUCGACGUUUCACAGGCUGUAGAUCGUGACCACUGUAAUGCGAUAGAAUUUCUCAGGAACGAUUGUAGUAAUAUUACGUCAUUUUUCAAAAAACACAAUGUAGAUGCUAUGUCACUUCAAGGACUAUUUAAUUUUAUAACGGAUCCUACUAUAAAUGAUAACAAUAUGGAUGAAUAUUUGGAUGUGUAUAUUCAAGGAACAAAUGUGGAAAAUAAUCUUCAGCAACAAGUGGAAGAGGCAGUUUUUAAGCACUCUUAUAUUCCUCAAAGAUUAACUCAAGUAAUUAAUGUGGAACGUGAUAUAAAUCUUGCAAAAUCUGGAAAAGAGGAUUUGAUUUACAAGACAUUAAUUGGCUUAAAAGCAGAUUUAUCUAAACCUGCAGAAACACCUGAGAUUCUUGCUAAUAAAUACAAAGCACAUAACAAAAAUAUAAAAGAACAAAGUGAUAUUUGUUGCUCUUCUGAAAGUAGCGAUAUUUCUAAUAGCGAAUAUGACAGUGAAAUAGAAAUCAUGGAUGACAUUAAAAGUAAAUUUAUAAAUUCAGCUAGGCCUCGAAAUGAAAGUCCUGAAAGCAAAAAAAUACGUAAAAAGACAGUCAAAAAACAGCAAGCUGAAAACCGGAAGACCAAAAUAAAAAAGCACAUAAAGAAACGCAAAGUAAAAACGUCGAAAGAGAAAAAAUAACAAUUUGCACAACUAAAUAUUAGUAAAGCAAAAAGGAAGAUGUAGGCCUUCUGGAGCCAGAACACUGGUGUCAAGUGUAUUGAAAAAAGUUUUUUUAUUGUUUAGUUAUCACAAACGUUUCGACCAAUGGAUGUGGUCUUUCUCAAUGUAAUAAAUAGAAAUCUACAAAACGUAAAUUACAAAUGUGACGGAAUUAUUCAUAAUGUAUAAAGAGUUAUAUGAACUUAAUAAUAAUUACAAGAUUCGAAAUCGCAGAUUUGAGAUAAAAACAGAUUCUUAGUCAAAGUCAAGUGACAUGUGCUGAAGUUACGGAAAGUUUUUUUUACAAAAGAUGUUAAAAAGUUUUUGAAUGAGUUAGUGAGAAUAAAAAAGUGUCGAAAUUAA